AAUAGAAAAUUGCGUAAUAUUGCAUUAAGACUUUGUGUGGCAAUGGAUUUCAUACAUCCAACUCCAUUUCAAUACAAAAUAAUAAAUUGUCUGCGUGUUAUUUUAGCUGGUAUAGCCAGGUUUAUUUUCAGUUUGUUUUCAUGUUGUCGCAAGAAGAAAAUCCCUCCAAUACAUUAUGAUAUUCUAAAACAACCAGCAAUUGAAGUGGCGAGGAAAAUUCGAAAUAAAGAGAUCACGAGCGUCGAAGUUUUAGAAGCAUGUAUAAAAAGAAUAAUCGAUGUGAAUUCAACCCUCAAUUGCCUUAUUGAAAAUCGCUUCGCCGCGGCAUUAAAAGAAGCUAAAGAGGCUGAUUCAUUCAUACGUAGUGGAAUUAAGUCCGAGGAACAAUUAUUGAAAGAGAAGCCUUUUUUUGGCGUUCCUUUUACAACUAAAGACAGUAUUUCUGUCAAAGGUCUUCAUAAUACAGCUGGUUUAUAUUCUGCAAGGCAUAAUAUAGCAGACAACGAUGCCAAAGUGAUUAAAUUACUCCGAGACAAAGGUGCUAUUAUUAUUGGUAUAACAAAUGUGUCGGAAUUGUGCUUAUGGUGGGAAAGUUACAAUAAAAUAUAUGGUAGAACAAAAAAUCCUUAUGACACCACGAAGAUAGUCGGUGGGUCAUCCGGCGGAGAAGGCGCUUUGCAAGCGGCGGCUGGAAGUUGUUUCGGUAUCGGAUCAGAUAUUGGAGGCUCAAUUCGUAUACCAGCUUUAUUUAAUGGAAUUUUUGGUCAUAAACCUUCCAAAAAAAUAGUUUCUAAUGAUGGACAAUUCCCUGAAGUAAAGUCAGAACAAGAGGAGACCUGUUUAGUAAUUGGACCGAUGACAAGGCAUGCUGUAGAUUUAAAACCUAUACUUAGUAUUAUAUCUGGAGAAAACAGUUACAAACUCAAGUUGGAUCAACCUGUUGACAUGCGAAAAAUUAACGUAUACUAUCAAAAAAAUAUCAACGCUCCACUAACAGAUCCAGUUGAUCAAGAAAUAGGAUCAGUUUUGCAAAAAGUUAUAAGAUUCUUUGAAACAAAGUAUCAAGUUAAGGCCGUUAAGACAAAUAUAAAGCUUUUAAAGGCGUCUGCACCUAUAUGGUUUGCGAGUACAGUUUCGGAGCCACGUCUUAGGACCUAUGUUACGGAAAACGGAGACUGCAGUGAGCGUGCGAUCAUACAAGAAAUCAUGAAGAGCAUAUGUGGCCAUUCUGACAAGACGUUAAUAACUUUAAUGAUCGCGUUGACUGAUGACGUGGAUCUAAAGAGCGAUACAUAUAAGGAAAACCGUUUACUUGGGGAAAAACUAGAAGAUAUAUUUAAAGAGAUGCUGGGAGAUAACGGCGUCUUCAUAUUUCCAACACAUCCCACAGCAGCCCUAUAUCACAAUGAACCUCUAUUUAGGCCGUACAAUUUUUUAUAUACCGCCAUUUUUAAUAGUCUUGGUUUUCCAGCCACUGCUGUACCCUUAGGUUUGAACCGCAGUGGGCUUCCAGUAGGAGUACAAGUGAUUGCUAAUCAUAAUAACGAUAGACUAUGUCUAACAGUCGCAGAGGAACUGGAAAAAGAAUUUGGUGGUUGGGUUGAACCACAAAGGAAAAAAUAAAGUACAUGCAGCAUACUGAAUGCCCAAAGGGAUUUUCUAACGACUUAAUCUAUUUAUCAUGUAUAUUAUAUGAAUUUAUUGCUUUCUUAAUACUUAAGUCUUACCGAAGCGGGGCUAAACGUUCUUUAUUGAG